UCUUCAGCGUGCUUUCUUCUAUUUACAUUUGCAUUUAGUUACUUAUACAAUCUUGAUUUCUUGGCUUCUUUCGUUUGAGCCUCUUCUGUUACUACAUCAUCGUCAAUACACUAUCCAGUGUCAAUCCAACACACUACCCAGUGUCACUCAUCCAUCACACUAUCUAGUGUCAACCCUCACUCACAACUCACCGCAACUACACUCUCUUCAUCAUCUCCCACUCUUUUUCACAUCAAAAUGUCCGACAUCAUCGCUUGGCUGGUCCCUACGGCACGCAACUCCCCCGCCGACAAAACAGCCCACCUCCCCUCCAACAUCUUCCGCACCGUCCAGAUAGAAUCCUCCCCAACACUCUCCUCUCGCCUCCCAAACCUCCUCGGCAGCCGUCCAACCCGUGCUUUGAAGCUCUCCUUCGACUCACCCCCCAAGCGCCCAGGCUCUUUCGUCCUAGGCUCCGACCCGUCCACGUGCGACAUCGUCCUCCCCACGUUACCAGGUAUCGACGCACGACACUGCGAGUUGAGCUUUGAUGCAGAGGGACGUCUUGUUCUCAACGACUACUCACAGGCUGGCACGCAAGUCUGGUAUGAUUGGGAGAGUAACGGUGAUCAGACCGACUACUCAUGGAUUUUGAGCCCAGGCGCUGAGCAGGGGUUUCCGAGUACGGUGCAACGCAUCACAGUUGACAUUCAGGGCGCAAGGUUCCAGAUCGUCGUUAAUGAUCACUCCGACGACUGGGACGCUUAUCACGCCAAAGUCAAGGAUUUCGUUCAACAGCCUUCGUGGUCGCAGGGUCUUUCUGCUGGUUGGGAUCGGGGAUCGGUCAUUCCAGUUGCGCCGCUGUUUUCCAGCGCUCCUCUCUUUCAGCAUAUUCUUGUCAAGGCGUUAGGCGAAGAGCCAGUCGGGGAGGUAUACCUAUGGAAUCUGGCUAGGCCUUGGGAGCCAAUGGUUAAGGCUGCCGCUUGA